AUGAUUUCAAUCGGUCGACCAUUGGCAUUGAUCGGUACAUUACAAGGUAUUCAACAAACAUCGGCUAAACUUGCAUCAACUAUUUCACAAAUUCCAGCUGGUAUUCUUGCAUCAAGUUCUACAUCAUUUCAACACAAUCAAACAUUAAAUAAUAGUACAUUUCAAAAUUGGAAACAAAAACCGAAUUCAAAUAAAUAUAUCUUUUUAAUUGCUUCAAUCUGUCCAAUUAUAUUAUUUUUUGCAACAUUGAUUACAGUACGUGAACGUCGUCGAAAAUUAAAUAAAAAUAAUUUUGCUCAAACAUGGUCAAUUUUAUCAGGAAUAUUUAAAUAUAAAAAAUUUUGGAUCAUAGCUAUUUUUCUGUUUAUUUAUUCAGCAUCACCACAAGUAAAAACAGCAUUAUUUUACUAUCAACGUGAUAGACUUAAAUUUGAUCCAUUUUAUGUUUCAAUAUUAAAUACAAUUUAUAAUGGUUGUGGUAUACUUUCUGCAUUACUUUAUUUAUCAAUAUUUUCUCAUUAUCCAACAAAACGUGUACUUCGUAUAGCAAUUAUUAUGCGAAUGCUUGCUGUUGCAUCUUAUUUAUGUAUAACAGAUAAAUUGACAUCAAUAUGUGUUGCUAUUGUUACAGGCUUUUGUUCGGAAAUAACAAAUUUAGCAUUACUUCAUUUAGCAGCAAAAUCUUGUCCAAAAAAUAUUGAAGGUACUCUAUUUGCAUUAUUCGUUUCAUGUGUUAAUUUUGGAGCAGCAACUGGUGAUUGGCUGGGUUCAAUUAUAUAUGAAUAUUUAGGUUUUACUAUUCUUAUUAUAAUAGCAAUCAUUUGGAUUGGUACAACUAUAUUAGUAACAUGUCAUAUUGGUGAAUAUGGUAUUAAAUCAACAUUAGAUAAUGAUGAUGAAAGUGACGAUAAAUAUCAUUAUUAUGAUGUUAUAAAAAAACGAAUAGAAACAGUUGAAAAUGACGAUUCUGACGAUAAAGAAACAAAUAGUUCGUCUGGAUAA